UUUAAUUAUACUAUUAUGUAGGCAGAAUGUGAAAGACUUAUUAAAAUAUAGUUCCGAGUAAUAUAAUAAUAAUUAAUGCUUUGUUCUCUGUUGGCAUGCAUGACUUGUUAUCCCGUCUUUUUCGCAAUACGUAAUACUUAUUUUUAAAAGCCAAAUGUACCGUAUAAAAUUCAUAUUUUAUAACACGGUAUAAAACGCGAUACCGUGACUCGAACAUUUCUCGUUAAAAAUUAAUCGUUAUUUCGAAACGAUUGAGACAUCGGCUGCUGUAAUGAUCUGACCCCAACACCAUUAUCUGUAUCAUCUUUACCAGUCUGUUAACAUUUCCUUCAACCUGGAUUAUUUAUGUACUUUGCAAGUUAUUCACUGGAACGAUGAAGAAAAUUUAUUUAGCUGCUCUCGCUGGUAGUUUGGGUAUGAUGUCGUAUGGUCUGUCUUUCGGUUGGCCAUCGCCAUCGUUGCCUCUUCUCUUGCAAGAUGACAGCCCCGUGCAGUUGACAUUGCAGGAAGCAGCGUGGGUAACGUCCUCCCACGCUUUCGGCGCAAUUGUUGGUUCCGUGCUCUGCACAUACAUCGUGAACGUGAUCGGCAGGAAAUGGACCCUGCUUUUCACCGCGGCGCCAGCGUCGAUGGGAUGGUUGAUGGUCGCAUUCGCGUCGUCAGUUUUGGAAUUAUACGUAGGGAGGUUCUUGUGCGGAUCGAGCAUCGGUUUCGGAUACGUGGCCGUCAUGAUGUACACCGGCGAAAUUUCCCCGGCCAGCGUACGGGGAACACUGACGUUGGUGUUGGUGGUGUCCGUGAAGAUCGGAAUCCUGAUCGAAUGGACGAUAGGACCGUUCCUUCGCGUUAAGGAUCUGGCUUUGCUGUCGUUGUGUCUCCCGAUUCUGUUCGUCGUGAACGCCGUGUGGUUACCCGAGUCCCCCUAUCACCUGAUGCGUCGCGGAAGACACCAGGAGGCGAUCGAGUCUCUGGCGAAAUUAAGAGGCGUCACAGACGUUUCCGAGGAGGCAGGGAUUAUCGAGAAAUCCGUGAAAAUCGAUCUGGCCAACGACACCGGACUCUGGGAGCUGCUGAGCGUAUCGGGAAAUCGCAAAGCGUUGACAGUCGUGGUGAUCCUCGUCCUGAUUCAACAGUGGAGCGGAAGCUCGGCGAUACUCUCCUACGCCGAGUUGAUCUUCAACGCGACCGGAAACGACUUUGAAGGCAAAUACGUGACGAUGAUAAUGGGCGCCGUGCAAGCUGCGUGCGCCAUUUUUGCAGCGUCGAUAGUGGAUCGGUUCGGCAGAAGAACGUUGCUGAUGAUCUCCACAUUAGGGACGUUCGUCUCGACCAUGCUCGUCGGUCUGUUCUUCUUCCUGCAACAAAAUGAGACGAACGUCAGUGGAAUUGUCUGGUUACCAGCCGCUGGAGCGAUACUUUACAUCAUCAUGUACGCCUUAGGGUUGGCUGGACUUCCGUUCACCAUGAUGAGCGAGGUAUUUCCUACGAACGUGAAAGCACUUGGCAGCACGAUCGCCAUGUUCUUUAGCAAUUGUUCCGUGUUCGUUAUCACUCUGUCUUAUCAGAGCAUCGCCCAGCAAUAUGGCGUGCACGCCUCGUUUUGGAUGUUCUCCGCUGUCAGCUUAUCAGGUUUCGUUUUUGUUUACCUGUACGUGCCGGAGACGAGAGGGAAAACGCUGCAGGAAGUGCAGGAUCAAUUGCACGGCCGGAAAUUGACGUAGAAAUUGUACAGGUUACUUUUAUUACAUGGGAAAGCGACUUAUUGUUGAAAUAUAGAAAAAGAGUAAUGGGUAAAUAGAAUCUCUUUGAUCCUAUUUGUAUCACAUGGGGUUAUUUUGUGUCUGCAUCUUUAUGAUGAGUG